AUGUCUAUCCCAAAAACGCAAAAGGCUGUUGUCUUUGAAACCAAUGGUGGUCCAUUGGAAUACAAGGAAAUCCCCGUUCCUGAACCAAAGGCUAACGAAAUCUUAAUUCAUGUCAGAUACUCUGGUGUUUGUCACACUGAUUUGCAUGCCUGGAAGGGUGACUGGCCCUUGCCAACCAAGUUACCAUUGGUUGGUGGACAUGAAGGUGCUGGUGAAGUUGUUGCCGUCGGUAAGAAUGUUAACGGCUGGAAAAUCGGUGACUUGGCCGGUAUUAAAUGGUUAAAUGGUUCUUGUUUGUCGUGUGAAUUCUGUCAAAAGUCCAAUGAAUCUAAUUGUCCAGAUGCGGACUUAUCUGGUUACACUCACGACGGUUCAUUCCAAGAAUAUGCUACUGCUGAUGCCGUUCAAGCUGCUAGAAUCCCAGCUGGUACCGACUUGGCUCAAGCUGCUCCAAUCUUGUGUGCAGGUAUUACUGUCUACAAGGCCUUGAAGACCGCUCAAUUAGAACCCGGUCAAUGGGUCUGUAUCUCUGGUGCUGGUGGUGGAUUAGGUUCCCUUGCCAUCCAAUACGCUAAAGCCAUGGGUUACAGAGUCGCUGCCAUUGACGGUGGUGAUGAAAAGGGUGAAUUCUGUAAGUCAUUAGGUGCUGAAGCUUUCAUUGACUUCACCAAAUCUAAGGAUAUGGUUAAGGAUGUUGUUGCUGCAACUAACGGUGGUCCACAUGGUGUUAUCAACGUUUCUGUUUCUGAAAAGGCCAUUGCUCAAUCUUGUGAAUAUGUUAGAAGCUGUGGUACUGUUGUCUUGGUUGGGUUACCAGCUGGUGCCCAAGUCAAGACUCCAGUUUUCGAUGCUGUGGUCAAGUCAGUUUCCAUCAGAGGUUCUUAUGUUGGUAACAGAGCCGACUCUGCUGAGGCCAUUGACUUCUUCGCCAGAGGGUUGAUCAAGUGUCCCAUCAAGGUUGUCGGAAUGUCUGAAUUACCAAAGAUUUACGAAUUGAUGGAAGCCGGUAAGAUUAUCGGUAGAUACGUUAUUGAUACCAGCAAAUAA